GUUUGAGGCAUUAGCUUCAGCAGACUGAUUCACCAGCACACACACACACACACACACACACACACACACACUGAGACUGAACGGAGGCGUCCGGCAGCAGACAGGCGGAAUCGCAGAGGCAGACCACAGCAGCUGCAGCGACAGGCUGGUCCGGGUUGCCCGUGUGCCUGGACUUGGAUUCUGGUGGAGUGUGUCUUUUUCUGGACUUUGGACUUCGGAUUCCUGACAGAAUCCUCUUCGAUUAGGAACAGAGCGCGAGACAUCCAGAGGGGUCACGUCAGAGAAGAUCUCUCGGGUCAUCUGUCUGGGUUGCUGUUCUGCCAUGGCUGCCGUGCGUCAGAUGGUUAUGGAGACCCCCGGCUUCCACGUCCUGCCGGCUCACCUCAUGGCCGCGGCCAUGGAGGAGUUUCCCCAGCAGCUGCCCGUCCCCAAGUGCCCGGCGAGGGGCAAGAGCCGCUCCCGCCGACCCCGAGAGGCUCGCUUCAAGACGCAGCCCGUCACCUUCGCCGAAAUCGCCGAGGUGGAGGAAGAGGGCUCCUCGCCCUUGGAGGAGGAAAGGGCACGCCGCUCUUUCUUGCAGUCGCUGGAAAACCUGCGGCGGAGCACGCAGACCCUCCACUGCUCGCCCACCGCCCACACCAGCUGCACCCCCACGUCCACGCAGGCCAGCCUGGACUCCAGUGACUCCGACUCCACCCAGUGAGGGCCGGGACGCACCGUCUGUCUCACUCUGCUUUGACGCCACUUCAAUCAGAAGCCAACCGAACUGAACCAAACUGGCCCCUCUGCCAGCCUGCCUCUGUGUGUGUGUGUGUGCGCGCGCGUACGUGUGUGUGUGUGUAAACUAUGCUGCAGUCAUAUGAAAGUCCAUGUUUAAUAUAUACUAACAUGUCAGCAUAGAGCCUGAAGAUGCACGGUGUUGGUGAAGAUCUGGAGGAAUUGCUGUAUGGUGUGAAGGUAGCAGACGAUGCAGUGUUUGAACACACCACUCUUCAAAUGUAUUCCUUUUCUACUCUAGAUGUCUGAGAGAAAGAAAAAAAAACUUGAAAAACAGGUGAUAUUUUUCCAUUUUAAAGCUGUAUAGGUAUUUUUGUUUGUAUCCAGAUUUUUCUACCUUAUCUUUCACUGAAAUGUUAGUGACUUACAAUGUUGUAAAUAAUUAGACUAAGCAAAGGACUGAGCUGAACGCUGGCAGUGGCCCGGCCGUCACUGCAAUUACAAUGCUUUGUCAGGAGCCUGACCUCUUGUUUUCGAUUAGCUCUCUGCUCUCGAUUCAGUUCCUGAUUGAAAAGUUUGCCUUUAAGAAAAUCUUUAUUUAUUGUGUUCUCUGUUCAUGGCCAAAUGGAGGUGGAGAUGUGAUCGUUUCGUUUCUCUUUCUGACUUGUAAAGUCACUCAAAACUUUAUAGCAAAAUUAUAACCUUUCUACCUUUAUAUAUUUGUUCUACUUUAUACACAAGUGUUUGUCAAAUGUACUUCAAUAAAUGUUUUCAAGUAUUUUCA